CCAGCAGUCGCUUCCAGUCGAUCGUGCUGACAACAUCGUAUACUGGCGCGUUAUAUCAGUUACAAUUUUUGCUCGUAGAAAUAAAUUGUGGCAACAGUUUUGAGGAAUAUUUUGCCAUGGAUUUCUGGUCAAUAUUGUUAUCGAUAGUAAUCGGUGUCUUUAGCAUUAAUUAUCUCUUUAAAAAUUUCAAUUUCUUUAAAAGACAUGGCGUUAUUCACAUAUCGCCUAUACCAAUACUCGGCAGUAUGUCACCUGUUAUAUUUCGUCAAACAUCACUCGUCGAUUUCAUAAAGAAGAUGUACAACUUGAAUAUGGAUGCAAAAUAUAUAGGAAUGUACGCGACGACAAAUCCGGUGUUUUUGCUUCAUGAUCCGGAACUUAUAAAAGCUGUUCUGGUCAAGAAUUUCGAAGUAUUUCCCAAUCGUCGCGGUUUCGCCGGGAACGAUCCUCUAUUUUCAAAGAAUCUAUUCUCACUUCAAGGGGAACAAUGGCGAAAUGUGAGAAACCUGUUGAGUCCUUCCUUUACGUCCAGUAAAAUGAAGAAUAUGUUCACACUGAUGUCAGAAUGUGCAGUAAACUUUGUUCAAAAUCUGUCAGAAUCACUAGUGAGCGAUAGUGAUAUAAAUUUAAAAGACGUUUUUACUAAAUACACAAAUGAUGUCAUUGCUACUUGUGCUUUUGGGAUCAAGGUCGAUUCUAUGAAGAAUCCGGAGAACACGUUUUAUGUUUACGGCAAAGACGUGACGAACUUUUCAGGACUUCGUUCUCUCAAGUUUCUCUUUCUCAGGACAUUUCCAAAGCUCGGGAGAUUCCUUAAUAUCAAGCUUAUAAGUAAGGACGCGGAAGAUUUUUUCAGAAACAUUAUACAAACCACAAUCGCUACUCGUGAUGCCGAACAUAUCACACGUCCGGAUAUGUUACAGUUGAUGAUGGAUGUAAGAGGCAAAGACGAUCGACGAGCAUUGGACAUAGAUGAUAUGGUCGCACAGGCGUUUGUAUUUUUCCUUGGUGGCUUUGACACCACCUCGACUACACUGUGUUUCGUAGCCCAUUCUCUCGCGGCUAAUCUUGAUGUUCAAAUUAAAUUACGGCAAGAAAUCGACAAGGUGCUCGAUGAGUCGGGAGGAGAAGUAACUUACGAAGCGAUAAACCAUCUCGAAUAUUUAGAAGCUGUAAUAAACGAGACCCUCAGAAUGUACUCACCAAUCCCCUUUUUGGAAAGAGUGUGCGAGACGGAUUACGAAUUACCGCCUGCAUUACCGGGUGAGAAACCUUUCGUUAUGAAGAAAGGUAUGGUAAUUUGGAUUCCAACUCUUGCGAUCCAUUAUGACAAAAAGUACUACGAUAAUCCAGAAGAAUUUCGUCCAGAAAGAUUUUUGAACAAAACGUAUCACAACUCUCCGUAUUAUUUUGCGUUUGGAGUAGGUCCUCGCAUGUGCAUUGCCAACAGAUUUGCCUUGCUGGAAGUUAAAGUGUUGUUGUUUCACUUAUUGGCUCGUUGCGAACUAAAACCUUGCGCGAAAACCACAUUGCCAAUGAGAUUCAGUAAGAAAAGUGCUUUUGUGGUAGCUCCGGAAAACGGUUUCUGGUUGAAUAUUCAAUGUAGAAGCGAUAUGCGUUCUGAUGUUAAAUCUACAAUUGAUAACGGAAAUAUGUCUUAAGUAGAUAGUAUGCAGAAAAAUAGAAUACCUGUGUAUCGUGUAGAAUAUUACUCGCGUAUCGAGAAAGAGAUAAAGUUGAAAUAGAUAAAAUAUACUAAUAUAAUUCAAAAGAUGAAAAAAACUUUUAAUCCAUUAAAAUAUCAUAUUUGUUAUCUGUUAUUUUUUAUCGCGUAUCGCAAUAGAUACCUAAUGGUCGGAAAGACAAAAUUUUUUGCGCAUGUGUCUUUAUUUAUCAAAAUAAAUGUGACAUCUUUGAUCAAUAAAAUGAAUUAUUUGCAUUCAAUUUAUACGGACUGCGUGCGAUUCUGCGACUUUGGUAUAAUUUUAUGGCCUAAGUCUUUCGAUUGAGAUUGAAGUAUUGUCAAUGGUUUAGACACAUUCAUGUAAUAUUAUAUAUGUGAAAAAGUGCAUGUUCAGCAACUGUAAAAAAUACUCAAUAAAACUAGAUUAUAAAUAUUAACAACAUUAUCUUAUAUAUGAGAGAGAGUACAUUGUAAAAUAAAUUAAAAAAUAAUAAUAAAUUGAGAAUUAGAUAUUACAAGAGGUA